GGGCCUUUCCCUCUUCAAAGAAAGUUUACUUCCGUUUUACCUAUCUUCUGCAAACCAUUUAGUUUAAUUGAUGAUUCUCUUGAAACUUUGUCAAUUCCUUUGUUUAAUUUACUACAUACCUUUUUGGUGGAAGACAAAGUAAAAAAGCAAGCCAAAGUACUGUCUUGUUUUUCAGAUCAGAGCUUUAAAGACAACAUGGCUUCCUUCUUAAAUGAGUCUGAGUAGUGAAGUAAGCAAAAAAUCUCUUCUCUGAAAGAAAAAAAGAAGAAAAAAACUCCAUAUCUGGUCUGUCUUUUGUCUCAUGGAUUCUGGUAACAGUGGUAGUGUGCAAUCUCCGAGUGGUGGCAGUGAAGAGUUUGAUUCAGGCGGUAACUCAAACUCAGCUUUAUUUAACAAUAACCCGUCGAGCCAUAUUGGUCAUGGUCCCUUGGGUAACCAACAAUCGCCGCCGCUUCUGCAACAGCAACACCAAAGUCCUUCUUCCUCAGCUGUGUUGUUUGACCCUUUAUCGAACUACUUCGAUCAUCCCUUAUCAAGUGUGACAAACCCAAAUUCACAACUCAAUCUUGAUGUGGUUUGGUCCAGAAAUCUAAGAUCUGAGCCCAACUGCAAUGAUCUUGUUGGUGGCUUUAUGGCCUCAUCAUCGCCACCACCAACCCAACAGUUGUUCACCAACCAGCAAGCACAAAGCAGAGCCACUUUUCCUUCUAUGCAGAUUCCUCAAGGACCUGAAAGUGGUACAAAAGGUUCAGGCACAAGUGGCCAACCCAACAACAACAAUAUGGUGCGUAACUCAAAGAAGAGAUCCAGAGCUUCCCGGCGUGCACCAACCACUGUUUUGACCACAGACACCACCAAUUUCCGAGCCAUGGUUCAGGAGUUUACUGGGAUCCCUGCACCACCCUUCACCUCCUCACCUUUCCCGAGAACCAGACUUGAUUUAUUUGGUACAACUUCAUCUCCUAAUUAUCUUUUAAGACCAUUUGCUCAGAAACUUAAUUAUCCUCCUCCCUUAUUUACUAGCUCUUCCAUGGUUGAUGCUAUAGCUUCUACACCUAGCACUAAUUCUACUUCUAGUACAACUUCCAUUAACUACCAACUGCCAUCUGAGUUAGGCCUUUUAAAACAGCCUCAAAAUCCACUCAACAUCAACAUGCAACAAAACCCAAUUCUUAACUUCGUAUCACUCCUUCAAGCCCCUCCCAAAUACCCACUUUCCAAUUCAAUAGAUAUUCCAUCAAAUGUCUCUCCUCUCAAAAUGGGCGCUUUUGAAGGGUUUGGUUUGAGCCAGGGGCAUGUCAAUCCCAACCUCAGAGGCGUUCAAAACAUGGUAUCAUCAUCAGAUGGAUCAUUGCCAAGAAAUGAAAAUAGUGCUAAUCCUCCAAGCUGGGGAGAAGCAGCAGGGUCCCGUGAACAUGAUCAAAGUCUCCUAAGGUCCAUCAAUGGCAGGUACAACAACAGUAACACGCCAGGACUUACGAAUGGGAAAGUAAACAAUUUCUCGGUGUCUUCAUCGGAUUUUCAUGUCGAUAAAGGGCCAGAAAAUGUAGCUACAAGAAGUGAAGGUAUGGUGGAAUCAUGGAUAUGUUCAUCUGAUUAGGAUUUAUCUAAAAUAUUAUCAACAAAAUGAUAAACUUUCCACAAAGAAUAUCAAGGAAAUGAUGGUGAAUGUAUCACAUGAUGCAUGAAAAAGAUGGAAUCUUUCUUGUUCUCAUAUUAACCAUGAUUUUCAACAUAUAUGUGAAUCAAACCACUGUUUUUUAUCCCUUAUUUAAACCCCUCCUUUUGAUUUAAUUAUAUGUAAAUGAUACUAGCCUCCCGAUACCACAUUUUAUCAUAGUAUUAUUACGUUCAUCUUACAUAGACGAUCAUGGUCUUUUCAACGUUGUCGUAUCAAUAGUACAAAAACAAAUGGUAGUAGUUAAAAUAUUCAGUAUUCUUUUCUUUUAUCUUUGGAGAAAUUUCUAUUUUGUUUCUUUUCCUUUCUGUUUUUUUAAAUUUCCCUCUUUUGGGUUUUGAUUGUAGUGCAAGAAUAUAAAAGUAAAAUCAUCAGAUAAGGGAAACCAUGAAAAUCUGUGUUUUACGUGUAUUUUGUGAAAAUUUAAUGCUAGCAAUUUGAAAAAAAUAAACCCUAAUAAUUUACCGUUAAAAAGCAAAUGGCCUGGAGCUGUCUGGUUCUUUGUUUCAUUAUUUAGCUGAUUUUUUAUUAAAACAUGUCUUUUAUUUAUUUAUAUUUAAUAUUGUUUAAGAAUAAUAUAUAUGAUGCCUAAGAUAUAUUUCCUA